AUGCCUCAAGUUCGAACACGUCAACGUGCGAAAAAAUCUAAAUAUUUUGAGAAUCAUUCUGACUUGGAUUUAUCAACGGCAAGUAGUAUUGAUGAGUUUUUACCAUCUCCAAAAAUAAAGACCACCCUUCGAAGAACUGCCAGGAAAUCCAAUGCUAAGCGCAAUUUAAAGGAGCCUACCGAAUCUGCCCCAAAGGCCGUCAAAAGAUCCACCCGAACAGCAAGGAAGAAAAUUAAAAGUGAGGCAGCCUGCUUGGAGCAGAUAAAUAGUGCCAGCGAAUCUACCGACGAGGAUGAAUUUGAAGAAGUUCCCAAUCUUUUGAAUGAUGACGUCAACGUUCCUAUAUCAACUCAAAUGGAAAUUGAAUUUAUGGGUAAACUUUUUACAAAAGACGAAGAAGAAUUAACGGAAGUCGUUGAUAAGGGGGAGAUUAAAGUUUCUGUGAGUACUGUGAAGACAAAAUCAACUAAUCGCGAUCCAGAAGUGCUUGCUGCUUUGGCGAAUGCUCGAGAACUUCGACAAAGGGCUCGGUUUGUUCACUCUUUUCAUGUCAUGUGUUUUCUCACUCUUGGUCGAUUUAUAAACCGCCUUUGUGAUGAUCCACUUAUUCGUGCUCUCGGACUUUCGCUAAUUGAAGUGUCGGAGGUUAAAGAUGUUUCGUCUCUACGAUUUCUAGUUUUAUCCUUCGUUUCUCUCAUUAAAGCUAGUCGUGAAGUUAAAGUUGUCGACAUGAUAGAAGGUAUUCAGUCACGAUUGAAAGAUGGAUUCUCUUCGGCGGAUGAUUGUUGCAUCCUAAUGGUUGCUGGAUUACGUGCACUUGGAUUUGAUACGCGUCUUGUUCUUGCCUUUGCACCUCCUCCCUUGAAACCCCCGAAAUCCAAACCAAUUAAAACCCUCAAACCCCUUAAAGAGACGCACAGUGAUAAAAUAAUCUCCUCUGAUAGUGACGAUGAUAUACAAGUCGAAUCAAAGUUCAUGUUCUCUGCUGAAGUCUACUUAUCCUCAGAUCGAAUCUGGUAUAGUUUGGACUUGUCACCUCCCGUUGGCAAAGUCACUGCAGAAUUCUCUUCCUCCCCUUUUCAUUAUCCAUACGUUGUGGCUUUUACUUCUACAGAGAAUGGUUAUCUUGGUAGAAGUCCUAUCGAUUUAGCCCCUCGUUACGACCCAACUUGGAUGUCUGCUUCUCGAUGUAAUCGCAUCCCUGAUGCUCAGUACCAACAAUUUCUCUCGUCGAUAAAAUACUACUGUGAUGGCGACGUUGUAAAUCUUCGAGAACGCGACAACACUAAGGCGGAGGAACGCAGAGAUACGGCAGAUACAGAAAGGACGUUUGAUUAUCUUCGAACUCUUCCCUUACCAACUAAGGUGCAAGAUUUUAAGAAUCAUCCACUGUAUGUUUUGCGAAGGCAUCUUCUCAAAUUUGAAGUGAUUUAUCCGGACGAUGCGCCUGUAAUUGGAUUUUUUAAGGUGGGAGCGAAGGCAAAUCAAAGUACUGAGCCGGUUUAUCCACGGGAAUGUGUUCACCUGUGCCAUACAAGAGAAUCUUGGUUAAAAGAAGCUAAGAUUGUACGAAUUGGGGAGAAGCCAGCCAAAAUUGUGAAAGCUAUGAUGACAAUAAAACGAAAGCUACUGCAAGAUCAAGAUGGCAAACAACCGAUGGUGGAAUUAUUCGGUCCAUGGCAGGUGGAUGAUUACGUGCCUCCGGUUGCGAAGGAUGGAGUUGUUCCUCGCAAUGAACACGGUAAUGUGGAGCUCUUUAAGGCUUGUAUGCUUCCAAUUGGAUGCGUUCAUAUCAGGCUACCUGGCAUUCAGCACAUUAUGAAGCAACUGCAUAUUGACUUUGCCCCAGCGAUGAUCGGUUGGUCUUUCGGUAAAGCCGGUUGGGCCCACCCUGAAUACGAUGGUUUUGUAGUGUGUAAGGAGGUCCUACCGGCCCUCCUUGAUGCAUGGCGAGCUGUUAAGAUGAAUGCAGAGGCUGCAGAAGCUGCAGAUCGAAGUGAACGCGCUCUUGCCAACUGGAAAAUACUUACAAAGCACCUUCUCCUUUGGCGGCGUGUUGAGGAACGAUUUCAGCUGUCUAAGUCGGCUCAUGUUAAACCCAAGGUGGGUUCUAAUAAACAUUACUUUCGUGUCAUCGAUUCUUUCCCCUUGUCUCUCCAUAGAGAUUGCUUAGGGGCUGUGUUAAUUAUUUAUUAG